GUGGCCGGCGCGUGGAUAUGCAUCGACUUCGGCACAGCCAUCUCAGUCAGCCCCACCCACUACUCGCUGAGGCACGGGAGGAUCGACCGGGAGGACAUGCUGCGCAGCUGGAACCUUGAGGGAAGUCUUGACAUGUCGUGCUGGCACAUUCUGAGCCAGCACGUCAACGACGAGACUCUGAGGCGACCCAUGCAGCUCGAGACGUUCGAUGUCAAACUCCCCCAGCUGGGCAACACCUACCGCUACCUCCGGCUGGUCAUGACCGGAAAGAACUCUAGCGGAAAUCACUCGCUGAGUGUGAGCGGGCUGGAGGUCUAUGGA